AUGACCUGGGAUGGCCACCUGGCCAAACUUGGCCGGGGAGCAACGAGUCAGAUCCAUCAGGCCCAAACCGGUGUUCAAACGGGGUUCGCUUUCAAACGCGUCCUAGAUAGCGACAAGCAGGAGAAGCCAGAAGAAUUCAUUUAUCGACAGCUCAUCAAUGAGAUUUCCAUUUUACGCCACCCUUCUGUCAGAAUACACCCAAAUAUAGUGGAGCUGCAAGGAGUAUGCUGGGAUAUUGAACUCUGUCACCGUGAAGGGGACCAUGUCCAUGUGGACGGGCAAUCUCAAGCCGUUGAUUAUAGAGUAUGGCCUGCUCUGGUCCUUGAAAUGUCAGAACUUGGGAAUUUACUCGAUUUUGCCAUAUCACCUGCCGGUCGGGAGCUUAACAUUUAUAAGCGGCUGGAGAUCUGCAUUGAAAUCGGCUGUGCAAUUGCUGACAUGCACUCUUAUGGCAUUAUCCACGGCGACAUUAAACCCCACAAUGUACUCGUCUUCAAAUCAGAUACUGGUUUCCGACCUAAGGUAGCCGACUUUGGCUACUCAGUGCCCCAUCUCGACUCCGCCAGAUCUGGCCUCCGUCUGCCCAAAUCGAGGCCCUGGGAUGCACCAGAAAUAUCAAGUCACCCGGAUUUUACGUUGGCGGAGGCCCUGAAAGUAGACUUAUUCUCCUACGGGAUGCUCUGUUUAUGGCUUCUUUUUGAACCGCAGCUCUCUGGUGUCGUCUCUUACCCCCCUUCGCUAGCCUACCUGGAAACCACAGUGCUGAAUUACAGUGAAUAUCAAUCCAUUGGCGCGCUCUCGGAGGUCAAGACCAGAUGCGAGCUAAGCGGGUUCUCGAAGGCUUUGCUAUCCAUCGAGCAAAUGCUUGGCACUGAGCACAGGGACAUGCUAGCAGAAUUUUUCAUGUGCUCUUUGGAGCAGAAUCCUCAGCUGAGGGCAACAGACGUUUAUCAUGCAUUGCAACAUUUGCCUGGAAAACAGUGGCUCGCUGAGAGGCUGCACAUAUUGUACGGCGAAGAUUACCGCGUACGGGAGCACAUCUUCGCAGAGUUAGAAAAGCUCUAUACAAAGUAUCCAAACCCCAUAACCAGGUCUCACCUUUAUCUCUGCCAAAAACUCGGCUUCGGUUGUGAACAAGUUACCGCUAUCUGUGAUCGCCAGGCAGCAGACACUUCACCUGAGGCUGAACUAGACUCUGAGGUAGAAACCCAACUUGAUUGUUUCGUUCGAGAUCCGCUUAAUUUCGGCAAUGGAAACCGUGGCCACGCCUACAGACAAGCCGCGGAUCAAGGUCUGCAGGAAUACACCGGUCCGGUCCAAAGAUACAGGCUGCAUGGUGUUUUAUCGACUGCAGAGUGCGUCCUGAGGCGUGAGCUCACAAGCAUCAAAAAGAUUCUUGGUGUUGAUAACCGCCCCUACUUAACUGUUCUGUGUCAGCUUUAUACGGUUCUUGAUUCACAAAGACGAUGGAAAGAAGCUCUAGAGCUGAAAUUACAAGCUGUAGAAGCUCUCUCGAAAAAAUAUGGACCGGAGCACGCGGCGACAUUGAUGGUCAGGUCAGAUGUGUGCUCAAGUUACCGGAAUUUGGGCCGAUGGAGAGAUGCGGAAACAUUGCAGCUACAUCUUGUUGAAUAUCUCACGGACACAUUCGGUUCUGAGCAUAUCGAUACUUUGUCCAGCUUGCAGAGACUUGCUUUGAUUGAAUUGCGCCUGGGACUCUGGGAUAAGGCAGAAGCACGGCAAGAGAUUGUUGUAGAGGCGUAUAAGACAAAGCUUGGAAGAGCUCACGGAAACACGUUGAACGCAAUGGAAGUCCUUGUGGGGAUACACAUAGAGCAAAACCAGUGGGAUCGAGCAUUAUCGAUACAGUCCAAAGUCACAGAGCUGAGCGCCGAGGUGUUUGGACCUGAGCAUUCAUCCACUCUGUAUGCUAAAUCUGAAAUCGCGACUAUCUAUGCUCGGCGUGGCGACCUAAUGAUGGCUGAAGAAAUAUUGUCUCCAGUAGUAGCUGCCUACAAGAGAGGCCUGGGCAACAAACACCUGGCUACUCUGACUCAAGUAUCGAAACUCGCCACAAUCUAUAGGAGGCUGGGCCGAUAUGACGAAGCAAGGCAGUUUCAUCUUGAAGCCAUUGAGACGGCCCGGCUUACUCUCGGUGAAGAGGAUCCCAUUACUUUAGACGUAAUGGAAGCCUGGAUCAGGACACGCUUGGGAAUGGAAGAAAUUGAAAUCGACAGCACUGCGACGAUGAUAGAGGAAUUAUUGGAAAAGAGAAGAAGUCUUCUCGGCAAUCAACAUCACUCGACCAUUUCGUUGAUGCACUUGCUCGCAUUGGCCUAUCUGAUCCAGAGCCGGUUCACAGAAGCACUGUCUAAACAGUCAGAAGCCGUCAAAAGAAACAGUGAGAUUUUUGGUCCCCAGCAUCCUAACACCUUGGCAAGUACAAUGGCCGAGGUCGUCACUCUCCGUUUACUUGGACGGUUGAGAGAUUCGGAAUCUCUGAAUGAGAAGACUCUUACUGCUAUGAAAUCUACCAUGGGCGAAUGCCAUCGAGCGACUCUUGCAGCAAUGUAUAAUCUGGCAAUAACACACAAUUACCGCGGCCGCCUCUCCGACGCUACCGAGCUGAUGUUUUCGUGCACGAGACUGUGCUCUGAAACUCUUGGUCCUGAUCAUCCCGAUACAAUAUUAACUCAAGAAUAUCAGUCUAUAAUGUGUGAGACUGAGUACGAAGUAAUUGAACUCCUGACAACCCAUGGAAGUAACAUGGAGGUUACAACAGCCGUGUUGAUAGCUGCAGCUGAAAGUAUCUCUACGGGAGUGCUAGCUUGGGCAUUACAAAAGCGAGUGUCUGAAAUGCGUCGGUCUAACCGCGGCGAACCCUUAAUAGCCCCAGAGGUAAUUGAAGCGGUUGCUAGAAAUCAGUUUGGGGACAGUAUCAUGAUGGAGCUCCUUGACGACCACCUGGACGAGUUUGAUAUCACGCCAAGCGUAUUAGAAGCAUUGGUACAGAAUAAUGACGCGGGAUCGGCAAUCAUAGAGAUGUUACACAGGACUCGCCCCCAUAUGGUGGUUAUUACCUCCGAUCUAAUAGAAAAAGCUGCACGAGAUUCGGAUACUACCAUGCUGAGAUUUCUUCUCCAGAAUCGAGAUCCAAGAGUCUCAAUAACAUCAAAAACCUGGAUUAAUGCUGCUGGUAAUGAAGAAAGGAAUGGUGAGGUCCUCUCUACGCUACUGGAAGCAUCUCAUAACGCGAUCGUUAUCAGCACAGAAUUGCUAGCCAAAGCUGCCAUGAACGAGGAGCACGGCGAGACGAUAUUGAGGCUACUCUUACAUGGAAAGGGCCGAGAAGAGGUUGAUUGGUCACGCGUUUUUCAGAGCGCUGCGAUGAAUAAAUACUUUGCAUCAGAAGUAUUGGAAGUCCUAUUGGAAGCCCGAAGCCACAGACUGGAGGUAACAUCGGAUAUUCUCGUCGCUGCAGCGAGCAAUCAACUUUGUGGAGCUGAGCUCAUGAAACAGCUCCUAGAAGCGCCCGGAGAUCAUCAGGUUGACAUUCCAGAAGAUGUUGUCAUUGCAGCGGCUACAAAUGAAACUAGCGGCGAAGAUGUGAUAAACAUCCUCAUAGAGAACCAUAGGAGCCAUAUUAGCAUCGCACAUACUAUUGCCACAAUCGACGUGGAUAGUAAAGACAUCAAGGGCGAUUGCAGAGCGUUGCUGUUGGAAAUACAAGGCAAAUACCCGAAAAAAAGAUAA